AUGAGGGUCCUGCUUUCCGUCCUUGGAGUCUUUACUUUGUUCUUCAUGGUUCCUCUGGCCAGAAGCUUCGUCAGCGACCAGAGAUGCUCUUCCACAGGGUACCUCACUUGCAGAAUGAGGUGCAGCGAUGGUGAGUAUGCAGUGAGGUACUGCAAUGGCUGGACUAUCUGUUGUCGGCUAAAGAAGACAGAAAUUAAGAAAAAAAAGUUAUUUUGA